AUGUCACUUCAUAGCUUUCUGGGCUUUCUGCUCCUGCUGGCCGCAGCUUGCAGUGCGGCGGAGUUGCCUUCUGAAGGCGGUGUUGUAGGGGUUGAGGAGCAGAAGGUCAUUUUCAAAGAUGGGAUGGGCGGAAUUCCUGGAGAAGAAGAGGAACACUUCACGCGAGAAGAUAUCAGCUGCAGCUUCAUGUUGAUGGGCAUGUUCUUCUUCACCAUGGUGAUCUUCUACUUGGUGAACUACCCAGAUGACGACAUCAAGCGAUACUCUUGGUCCAUCAUCAACACCACCAUCUCCAUCUUUUGCGUCCGCACCCCAGCGGCUCUACGUUGGACGUGGUACGAGCGAAACCCUGAUUUGUUUUGGCUCAGAGAAACAAAGCGCAAGGUCGCAAGGCCUUAA